AUGCGACCGUCAUAUGCGCUGAUAAGUACGAUAUUAUGGAAUUUGAUGAUGUUGCAUGUCUAUGAAGCACAGAAAAUUUACUCCAUGUCUAUUGAUUCUUUGGUCACGUGCAGCCUAUCAAACUUGGCAAAUCCUUUCGUCGGUCGCGUCGAGGGUUUGUUAUAUGUUCAACCAUCCGAAUACUUGAACAUUAGUAUCUCGUGGAUAGGCUACAUUAAUUGCAAUGAUUCAGUGGAUACAAUACGUGAUAUAUUUUCGGCACAGAAUAACAAAGCAAUGGCAGUAGUCUUAUACCCUAUCCAUGACAAUUUAUGUGAUAUAUAUUUACCAGAUAAUAUAUCUGUACCAGUAUUCUUCGAGGUUGAUUCAGAAUGCAAAACCUUUAUUUUCAAUAAUCGAUUUGACCAGCCACCUGAUGCGCUAAUAAAGGCAAUAUUUGAUGAGAAUUACUAUAACGACAGAUUAAAAAGUAAAGUCAUAAUCAUUAUUUGCAUCGUUAUUGCAGUUAUAUCUGGACAAAUAAUUUUGUGCUUCUUAAAGGCAAGAAUUUGGUCAUCGUCAGUAAACAACGAAUCUUCUGAUGUUAGAAAUGAUCAGAAUAACAGGAGUAAAGGAAAUGGCAUUACCAAUACUUUAUUGGAUAGCUUUCCAGUUUACUUGUUUCCGCAGAUUGAAGAUGACAUCAGCAACGAUUUAGAGAAAGGAAAUUAUAAAGAACUAACGGAAGAGUCUAAUCAAUCUCAUAAUAUAGGAAGGACACAUAUUGGGGGCAAUGAUAUUAUGAUGGAUGAUGAAAUUAUAGAAAUUCACAGUGAUCACAGUAAAAUAAUGGACAAACAAUUAACGUGUCCUAUUUGCUUGGGUGAUUUCUUACCUGGGGAAGAACUAAGAAUUCUACCAUGCAAUCACCAAUAUCACAGAGUAUGUAUAGAUCCGUGGUUAUUGGAUAUCUCUUCACUAUGUCCUGUGUGUAAGGCUGACUGCAUAUCGAAAAAUGCCGAAUUACCAGUGUCUGCUCGAGAUGAUCCAUCGAAUGAAAAUCCUAAUAACACUUCCUCUCAAAUUACUGUAAAUUUCCAGGAAACUACACUUUGUGCUGAAGGAAGACAUUUAGGUGAUGGCGAUGAAUCUUCCAGCUGA